AUGCCAAACGUUCCAUUAGCCGACCCACACUUCAACAUUUCGAGCAUGAUCGAUAUCGUAAUUGGCGGAGAGUGCUACCACGAAAUCCACACCGGUAGUCGCUUAUCCAUCGGUGACGGUCUUCCGCUGCUAGUCGACACACGUUUCGGAUGGACAGUUUCAGGCAAAACAACCACCAAUCCCACAGUAGCACUGCCAGUGUGUUAUCUCUCGACCGUCGACCGUUCUCUGGAGUCAUCGCUUCAACGUUUCUGGGAACUUGAAGCAGUCGAUCAAAACCCGAUAUAUUCAGAAGAAGAGAAGCAAUGCGAGGAGUUUUACGCAACCACCACCACUCGAACUCAUGACGGAAGGUACGUUGUUCGCCUUCCCCGGUCCGACAAUCCGCAAGUCACCCUUGGCCAAUCUCGACAAAUCGCCACCCGUCGCUUCUACAGCCUUGAGCGACGCCUUGAACGAAAUACCGCCUUAAAGAGCUCCUACCAGAAUUUUAUCGAGGAAUAUCUCCAUCUGGGACACAUGCGCAAGCUAGAUUCUGUUGACAACGAUUAUCCACAUUGUUACCUUCCACACCAUCCGGUAGUCCAAGAGAGUAGCACCACCACGAAGCAUCGAGUGGUAUUCGACGCCUCCUGUAAGACCUCCUCCUCCGCUUUCGCUUCCACGCUAUUGCCAUUGUCGCUGACGUCGAGAAAAUGUAUCGUCAAAUACUACAUUCUCCUGUUGAUCAACGCUUCCUACGUAUACUAUUCCCCCGACAGUUGUCGGGCCCUCUCGAUACCUACGAACUUCUUACAGUUACCAAGAGACGAAGGAGAAAACUCCCCGAAAGCCGUAGAAGCCGUCGUCGAAGAUUUUUAUGUGGACGAUCUACUUACCGGAGAAGACAAUCUGGCCUCUGCUGUAGAAAAGCGUCGUCAGAUAUCCACCAUGCUCGAGUCGGCCGGUUUCUCGCUGAAGAAGCAUUAG